GAAAAUGGUUCUUCUUCAGGAGGUGAAACUCCAACCAGGUGUUUGCCUGGUGGAAACGAACUGCAAGGUGUUUAGAGUCUAACUGGAAUGAUGUGACUCUGCCGGGGUAGUUGAUUGUCAUGUAGCUCUGUAGGAAUGAUACUUGCAUGUAUAUGCUGGCGAUUACGACCUCAUCAAGUCAUCGAUGGGACAUAUACUGACAUUGGCAUUCCUGUUGUCAAUAUGUUCACAAGACCUGAGCUUAUUGUUCUUGUGACAUUGCUAUUUUCAAACUUUUUGUACUCUCAGUUGUACUCUUAAUUUACCAGAGCAAGAUAUACCAAACUUUGCUUCAACACUGGUGUAUGAAUGUGUCUGAUAGAUCUAUGAAAUCAAAUGAAUACAGCAUGCAUACGAAACAUUGCACAUUGCAAACAUACAGCAGAUCAGACUCGCGUAUUGUGUAUGUGAUGCUGGAUCUUCCAAAACAUGGUCGUUACCACACUAAGUUACAACACAGUUAUACACCUUGCUAUAGGAUUUCCCUGCAAGCAUAAUUGGUUCCGAUCAAACCUUUCUAGGAAUGGGGCGUCCGACACUUCAGUUGUUUGGUUAUAGUGUUUGUUCUGCGCAUCAGGGACCUUUGUAGUUGGAUAGAUGAGGCUUCAUGACCAGUAGUAUGUUAAAUCAUAGUGGGCGCUUUAUAAGGUUUGUGGUUAAUCAUCACGUCAUUGGCCCAGGAGCUGGAGGGGAAUGUCUGGAGAACGGUUGCUUGUUAAAAGCUUUGAGGUGUCCCUGAGUAAUACACCUUUCCCAAACUGCUCCAGAGGACCUGGCUAUCGCCCUGUGUGUUUGACACCACUUGUUUUAGUCCUAGAGUUCACUCAACAUCAUAUUGCUAUGUAGUUGUUUGCUUGGUCUUCAUUAUAGUCAGUCAUAACUUUUUAUUAAUGACUAACACAGAGUAUUUUUUGAGUUUUUACGUAAAUUAAUGUCAUGUCAACAUCACCCCCCGGCUGGCCAACUUCUUAACUCUAUUGGUGCUGUUCAUCUUCCCUGUCCCCCAUCUCUCUUCUGCUCAGUGAGUAGGAUAAAGGUUUUAGGCGCUGCAACUUUCCCUAAUUUGCUCUUAAUUUCUUUAAUUUUUUCAAAUUUAUAUCAUCAGGUGUGUAUUGUUUUAUAUCAUAGUCAUCAUCAAAUAAAUUUGGCCAUUUAUUAAAUUGAUUGUCGGAUGGAUGGAAAUAAGUUUCGGGAAUUAUUUUUAAAGUUAUCAAUAAUAUAUAAUAUAAUGUUCUCCAUUAUGUAUUGGAAGUGUUCAACGGAUGAAUGAUGGAUGACUCGGUUACCGGCAUGUUGCUUUGACUUUACCAAUGAUGACGUUACACAAUUUUCACUGAGCUAUAGAGGAGAGCUCUGGAAGAGGAGAGGUGCAUUCCUGACCACAGGAGGGAGUUUCAUUGGUUGGCUUAAUGUUGACAUAAUCCAACAUCUGUCCUGGCCGGGGGCUGCGUUUCCUCUGGGCAUCACGUGGAUGCCCUCGUGGAGGACAGAGAGGGGAAUAGCAGGCAGCUGCUGGCUGCUGUUAUUUUGGGAUGAUAGGAGAUGUGGGAGGGGCAGGGGGGCGUUGGAACUAGGUUGUCAUAUAUUUAGCCCAUUGAUUUGCAUGCUCCUCUAACCCUGCUCUUGUCCAUAGCGUGUCCACUAUUUGUGUAUGUGUUUUAACUUGUCUACUAAGGAAUGUAUAACGAUGGUACUAAGAAUGAUAUUGUUUGCUGUUCUUAUGGUGUUAUUUUCAAGGAGAGGGGGAGGGGCUUUCCAGUGUCCACAUGGCCGCUAUCAGGAAGCUUAGCUUUCGGCUUAAAAGUAAUCCAGAGAAGCCAAAGUAAAGGCACUGACGGGCACUAUGGCAAUGUUUUAAUGGGUCUUUAAUUACUCCCUUCACUGGGCAGCGUAGGAAGUCAAAGGGACUGAUGUGUAAAGCAAUGGCUGAGGGGUUGGGUCACUGUGUCUUGCUUUGUUUGAAGUGUAACCACAACACCAUGGCAGGAAAGUCCCUAGUUGGCAUCAGUUUUUUUCCAACCAAUUACAUGAAUUGUGUAUCGGCUAUUGUUGAGGUGUAUUAUUAGCCCUGCCUGAUCCCAUGUGACUGGGUCCUACAUAAACAGUAAAGAUGUACAGCAUACCAUAUCGCCUUUGCAAACAGGCAUUUCUGUUUCAAUCAAACUUUUUGGUGACUUACUAACAUCAUUAAGAGUAACUUCAAGCUAGCCCACUUCUGGACCACCUAAAGACAUUACAGUAUCUCUCUGCCAUAAGGAGUUUUGAACUUUUACCUUUAGCUAGCAACACAUGCUCACUGGUCAAACGUUACCGUUAUGCUUCAUAUGCACAGCUUUGAGCUUAAACACACAUGGCUACAUUGAAUCUGUGGUUUUAUUGACACAGUAAUGUGAUGUUGAACAAUAAAGAGAACCACGAAUAGGAAAUAUAAUCACUGUAGCAAGACACAGCACACAUCGCUCACCGAACGACAACAGACUAAGAACCAUACACCACAAUACUCCAUUGUCCCGGGCUAUGCUUCACCUUUGUCCCCCUCCAUGCAGUGCAUGCUCCUUCCUUCUCUUUGAAUACAACAGGCGUAUCACCUAUCCUACCGUCCUCAACGGGCAGUGGUGACGCUGGCCCGAGCCCCGCCCUGAAGGGAGCAGGUGUACACUGUGUACGCUGCCUAUCGUGUUUUGACUCAUGCUUGUUUUCCGCUCACCUUGUUGCCAUAGAGGAUUCAUCGGACUGUGCCUUUGCCAAUACAAAUGGGAGGAAAGUGCCUGUGCCUUAGACUCCGCCCCCUAGGCACAGGUGUCUGUAUAGGUUGGCUCUGCUAACAACUGUUAAAGUUCCUCCCUGGGCUGUACCAUGUCGACUUCAUUCAGAGGGUGGUGUGAGGGGAAUGGACAUGGAGUUUUACACACUUUAAGUUAGAUCUAUAGAUAUUUCAUUCAAGGGUGUGAAUCUUUAAUACAUCUGUGAAUUUCUCCUUCAGAGUGGCCUUAUUUAAAACUAGUUAUUAAAUACUUCUCACAAGACUGGAGCCUCAUUAACAGUUUCCCCCUGUUACCCGCAUUAGAGUUCAUUAGACUGAUGUGUGGCCAAUCAGCAAAGAGAGUGGGAGGAGCAAAGUGAGUCUGUAGUCUGACCACCACCACAUAAGACGACAAACUCAACUUAGCAGAGCUGCUUGACCAUUUGGAUAUACUUGAAAGGAGUCACAGGGUGAGGCACAGUAUUUGUAAAGGUUGUAGAAUGACCUACAAGCCACCUCUUGAUGGCUCAAACAUACUUGAAACAGACAUACACCCUUGUAAACACACAAACAGCCACAAUGACUGGGACUGGAGUCCUUAUGUUGUACCGGCAUGCAGUAUGGAUUAGCUGUUUUGCCAAUUAGUUUGCAUGACAAUGCCCACUUCUCCUGGCACUGAAGACCGCCUGGAGUGCUCGUAUAAGGGGGAUGAGCUGGAAGAAGAGGAGGCAGAUGAAGGAGAAGAAGAAGGCGGAGAUGAGGAGUAUGUUUGUCUGCCCCAAAAUGGAAAGACAGAAGAGGAGGAGGAGGAAGAGGAACAAGUUUUGUGCGAAGUGUUGUGUGCUGAUAGAGUGGGCCAGAUGACCAAGACGUAUAGCGACAUAGACGCCGUCACUAGGCUACUGGAAGAGAAAGAACGAGACCUUGAGCUGGCCGCUCGCAUCGGCCAAUCGCUGCUGAAGAAGAACAAGACGCUGAGCGACCGGAACGGCGUGUUGGAGGAGCAGGUGGAGCACAUCCGAGAGGAGGUCUCCCAGCUGCGUCACGACCUCUCCAUGAAGGAUGAGCUGCUGCAGUUCUACACCAGCGUGGCCGAGGAGAGCGAGGGCGAGUCCACCACCUCCACACCGAUACGGCAGAGCGAUCCAAAUGUCACCGUUCCCACUUACUUACCUCUGGACUCCCUGCAGAAGAAACUCAAAGACCUGGAGGCAGAGAACAUAUCUCUGCGAUCCGAGGCCACUCAUCUGGAGACGGAGACCAUUUCCUACGAAGAGAAGGAACAGCAGCUGGUCAAUGACUGUGUUAAAGAACUACGAUGUGCCAACAUGCAGAUGUCAAGCCUGGCCGAGGAGCUGGGGAGGAAAUCGGACGACGCCUCCCGCCAGCAGGAGGAGAUCACACACCUCCUGUCCCAGAUCGUGGACCUCCAGAAGAAGGCCAAGUCGUAUGCUGUGGAGAACGAGGAGCUGACGCAGCACCUAGGAGCUGCCAAAGACGCCCAGAGGCAACUCACUGCUGAGCUGCGGGAGCUGGAGGAUAAGUACGCAGAGUGCAUGGAGAUGCUCCACGAGGCCCAGGAGGAGCUGAAGAACCUGAGGAACAAAACGCUGCCGCUCACCACGCCGCGACGCUUCCACUCCCUGGGCCUGUUUCCCAUGGACUCCUUGGCAGCGGAAAUAGAGGGAAAUAUGAGGAAGGAACUUCAAAUGGAUGAUCCAGAUGUUGAAGAACAAAAGCUGCACCCCAAGCGGGUGUUCCAGACGGUGAAGAACCUGAACCUGAUGCGGCAGCAGCGCUCGUCGCUGGCCCCCUCGCCGCUCAACAUCCCGGGCUCCAACCAGACGUCCUCUCUGACGUCGGGCCGCUCCAGCCGGGUGGGCACGCCGCACUCCUACUCCACGUACGGCGGCAGUGAGUCGGGCAGCGGGCCGUACUGCCCCGACAACAAGGCCGGCGGUAUCCUGGAGGCGCACGACGACGGGUCAGACGACUCCAACCGGCGUCCCGUCGGCACCCCGGGGACCCCGGGGGGGCGGGACCUGGAGGCGGCCCUCCGUCGCCUCUCGCUGCGCCGCGACAACUACGUCUCCGAGCGGCGCUUCUUCGAGGAGGAGCGGGAGCGCAAGCUGGCCUACCUGGCCAAGGAGGAGCAGGGGGAGGACGGGGAGGAGAAGGGCGGCAGCGGCGGAGACCCCGGGACCCCCACGGAGAGCCUGCUGUCGCUGUACACGCACCCGUCCCUGGGCAGCAUGUGGUCGGGCUACUCCUUCACCUCGAGGUCCUACCUGCCCGAGAAGCUGCAGAUCGUCAAGCCCCUCGAAGGCUCGGCCACCCUCCACGCGUGGCAGCUGCUGGCCCAGCCCCACCUGGGGGGCCUGCUGGACCACCGGCCGGGCGUGGUCACCAAGGGCUUCCGCACCCUGGACCAGGACCAGGACCCUUCGGAGGCCGGGGACUGGCAGCUGGACCAACCCGAGGAGGACGACGAUUCCCUCCGCUCGUUCCCGGGCCUCUCCAGUGAGGACGACCUCCCCGUCUCCCGCCUGCCCUGGGCGUCCACGCCCGACCUCCGCCACUCCACGAACAACGGCGGCGUCGGCGUCCACCGGAGCGGUCGCGACAACAACAACGACAACGAGGACAAUAGCCUGUUGGAGUCGCUGAGGGGCGCGCGACCGGGGGAGGCGUUCGGAGGGAAAGACGGACCCGCCCUCGACGGCCUGCCUUGCACUCCCUGCUCCAUCCGCUCCUCUCCUGUCUCCGUCGCCGUGACGACGCCGUGCGCCGACGAGAAGGCCGGCGGCGAGCCCUUAGACUUCCCGGCCCUACCAGCCGGAGCGCCGGACGGCUUGCCCGCCAUCUUCCCAGGGAAGUGCAUGUCCCAAACCAGCUCCACCUACACCUUCACCACCUGCAGGAUCCUCCACCCCUCAGACCAGCUCACCUCCGUCUCCUCCAGCCCCAGGUCGGCCUAUCAGAGCAGCCCUGGCGUGGGCGGGGCCGCGUCGCCCGUCCCUUCGCCGCUACCCCAGUUCUCCGACCCGGCCACGCCCUCCAACACCACGCCCUGCUGCACCCCCCGCCGCCUCUCCCUGUCCCAGGCCGAGUCCUCCACCAACCACCGGGACAACACCCGCACCACCAGCACCUCCCUGGGGCUGGUGCGCCUCCUGGUGGAGCACGGCAUCUCCGCCUCCGUCUACGACCCGCGCAGCUGGGACCGCGGGGGUCCUGCCGCCGGGGGGGCGCUGGAGGCGGAGCCUGAGGAGGCGGAGCCUGAGGAGGAAGGGGAGGAGCUCUGGGAGGACGAGGACAGGGGAGAGGUGGGGCGCCCCAGCUCCCUCCUCUUCCUCCCCUCCACGCCGCCCAACUCCCCGACCCGCCGCUGCCGCUCCAGGUCCAUGUCGUCUUCCCACCCCCGGGGGGCACCACCACCGGCACCGACGCCGCCGCCGCCCCCCGGGGCCGGCUUCCAGUUCAGCCCGACGGACGAGCCGCUGUUCUACGAGACGUUCCUGGCGUCGCGGCCGGCCCAGACCAUCCUGAAGGAGGUGCUGGCCGAGUUCGAGAGGGAGCCCGCCCUGCCCGGCUCGUACCAGAGCCGGCUGGAGGCCACCAACCUGCGGCUCGUCGACAAACUCAAGCGCUUCCGCACCCUGGGGCCUCCGCGGGGGGGGGCCAGCGCCGCCAUGGGCGGGGGCCUGGGGCCCGUGUUGAACGCGGGGCUCCGGAGGAACCGCAGCUACCCCGCCAUGGUGGGGGCCAGCAUGGCCAUGAAGGACCCCGGAGGGCCCCCCAGCAGCGCGGAGCUGUUCCUGGGCCACGCCCUGUCCACGCAGCACGCGGACGCGGCGCACGUAGCUCCCACGCGGCCUCCGGAGGAACGGACGCACGCGGCGGCGGCGGCCGUCGUACCAAAUAUAGUCUCCUACAGACAGCCCUGGCCGGACGACUGAGUGGAGGGCAUUCGAGAACCGUACGGAUUAAAACCACGCCAUGUUCCCCAUUUCAAGAUCAGCGAUUCGGAUUGCCCAGCACAACCGCUUGGAUGUCCUCACAGCCCCCAGCUAGACGUGCGUCACACACAAAGAGAGUUCUCCUCCAAUCAACACCGCUCCACCGCACAAUAAGCAGAGGAGUGCCCGCCCCCGAUUGAUCUGGGAUCGACAGCGUUACCUCUGCACCGACCGGAGCCCGAACAGGGCCGGCAUUGUGACCCACAAACCAAGUCCGACUGUGGAGCUGGCCCAGGGCCCAUCGAGCAGUCGUCACUUUAAAUUCUGCGGUUCAUGCUGUACCUCCAUGACAUAGGGGGAAGGAACAACGAAAUGCUGUCUUACCGGCACCUAUUUUUUAAAUCUGUAUUUUAAUUUAAAACCAUGGAUUAAAUAGGGCGUACACAUGACACUGUUAACCAUCCGCUGUUCUAGAUGGUCUGUAUAAAAGUGUGUGGAUAGAGAAAAAAAAGAGUAUAUUAUUUUUCGAAAAACAAAGUUGUGUUAUUGUGGUUUUAAUCCCGCAAUCCCGCAAUCCUGUCCUCUGGCCGAUGACUGAAUGUUGUGCAGUCCUGUGUCUGGACACGGCCAACCUACUGUAGCUUCCGGGGACACGGGCCGCGUGCUCCUCACAAAGCUCUAUUGAAUUCUCUAUUGAAUGCCUUAUCGGACGGUGGGAGCGAGCCAGAGUAUGUGGUGCCAACUAACCUUCCGAGAUCUCCUCUUGUAUCAUUUUACCUCCCGUCUGUGUGUGUGUUUUUUGUCAUUAUUUUUCAUGCAAACUCCCCGAGUUCUGAUUUGAGGGGGCUAUUUUGUAGUCGUUCGAAAAGGAAAAAAAAUCUGCAUUUGAAUUUGACAACAAGGCCGUUUUUAGGAAAUUAAAAAGUCAUCCCCCUGGUGCUUUUAAGUGAGCUUAGGUUUAGUCGUGGAAUGAGGCCCAGUCCGCCUGACACUCCGUUUUAGCACUUUAGCCGCGGACUACUGAAGGACCUGUCCCUCGUUCUCUCUGUCGCUGGAUGUCUCCUCGCCCCAUCCUGUCUUGCCCGCCUGAUGCUUUUUGUUGUUACUUUUUGUUCACUUCCGACCAAAUCGGGCCAUGGGUAAAAAGUACAACCUCAGAAUCCUGCUUUGCCUGUCCCUUUGUGUUGUCCUUUAAGAGACUUGACCAUUUUUGUGAGUUUCCUGCUCUUUAGACAUUUACAUUCUGUCAGUGUUAUGGUCAUAACUAACACUAAAUGCAUUUUUAUGCAAGCAAACAAUUUAUUUGGGAUAACACACCCACCCCCCCUAAAAAAAAACACAUACACAGAAAAAGAACCACAGAAAUGUGUGUGUUUUUUUUGUCAGUGUAACUAACUAUUCAAUCGACCAGUAGAGGGCAGCAAACUCACAAAUGGGGUCGAGUUACACUUCAAGAGAACAGAACACCGAUCAGAGAGAACGCAGAACUGAAUGAGGGUGGAUAGAAUUAGCGGUUGCACAGUAUCUCAGCUGAUCAGAUUGGUCAUUGAGGAGAGAGAGAGAGAGAGAGAGAGAGAGAGAGAGAGAGAGAGAGAGAGAGAGAGAGAGAGAGAGAGAGAGAGAGAGAGAGAGAGA